AUGGGCGCCGUGCACAAUGGGGCGACGCUCCUCCUCUUCCUCCAGCUAGUGCUCUCUUCUUUCCCGGCGUCGGCGCGCUUCUCCUUGCCCAUCGUCCGCUCCCUGUCGCUGUCGCCGAGCGUCACCUCCCCGUCUCCCUCGCCAUGGCACACGGACAACUUUCCUGAGCUCAGGAAGGUCCCUAGCGGGGCGGACCCCGUAACGUCCAACUUGCCGCCGCCUCCAUCUUUGGGUUCGGCCUACUUCAACGUGCUCUGGAAGGUUCCUAGCGGACCGGACCCGAUAACGUCCGACUCACCGCCGUCUCCAUCUUUGAGCACAAGAAACUUCCCGGUGCUCAGGAAGGUUCCUAGCAGGCCGGACCCGAUAACGUCCGACUCGCCGCCGCCUCCAUCGUUGAGCGCAAGCAUCUUCCUGUUGCUCAGAAAGGUUCCUAGAGGGCCGGACCCGAUAACCUCCGACUCGCCGCCGCCUCCAUCGUUGAGCGCAAGCAACUUCCCGGUGCUCAGAAAGGUUCCUAGAGGGCCGGACCCGAUAACGUCCGACUCGCCGCCGCCUCCAUCGUUGAGCGCAAGCAACUUCCCGGUGCUCAGAAAGGUUCCUAGAGGGCCGGACCCGAUAACGUCCGACUCGCCGCCGCCUCCAUUGUUGAGCGCAAGCAACUUCUCGGUGCUUAGGAAGGUUCCUAGAGGGCCGGACCCCAUAACUUCCCCUCCACCAGUGUUGGGUUCUCGGGCAUAA